AUGGCCGACGUUGGCAAAGGGGCUCCGCUGCGAUGUGCGCGCUUGUUCGGGCAGCUGAGGCGCGCUCGAGCGCCAGGUCAGCGAACUUACUCUCGCACGACCGCUGAAGAUGCGCCGCCGCGCCCUGAGACGAGCGGUGGAUGCCACAGACUCACAGCUAGUGCUUUGACUCACGGAGCGCCAGCUCAGCUGGCCAUGAUACAUACGAAGUAG